AUGGACAACGCCACCAUUGAUGUCGCCAUCGCCCUCCAGCACACCGCAUGGAACUUCCGUGAAGGAAGAUUCCAGAAAGGUGAUGUCGUCCUCAUGCUUCACUACGCUUACGGUGCCGUCAAGAAAUCCAUGGAAGCGUACGUCACUCGCGCCGGAAACAAUCUUGUUGAGGUUCCCCUCCCUUUCCCUGUUAACUCCAACGACGAGAUCAUUUCUGAGUUUAGGAAGGCCUUGGAGAGAGGAAAAAGUAACGGAAAUAGGGUUAGAUUAACGGUGAUUGAUCACGUGACUUCCAUGCUGUGUGUUAUUCCUGUCAAGGAGUUUAUUCAAAUUUGCAGGGAGGAAGGGGUGGAUCAGGUUUUUGUUGACGCUACUCAUUCCAUUGGAUGCACUGAUGUUGACAUGAAGGAAAUUGGUGCUGAUUUUUACACUAGCAAUUUGCAUAAGUGGUUCUUUUAUCACCUUCAAUUGCUUCGUAGGAACCCUAAAUUGCGUCAUAGGAACCUAAAGGUUCUAGAUCCGAUUUACAUCACCCUGUAG